ACUUUUCCCGAAGCGUUGAGCGCCGUGGAUAAUAGAAACCGCUUAGAAGAAGAAGACGAAGAAUUGUUGUAAAAAAAAAAGAAGUUUCGGAGGUUAUACUGAGGGAUGGUGAGAACAAGAUUGGCGAUAUCUGUUGUUCUUGUGUCAACACUUUUGUUGUUGAAUGCGAAAGCAAAAAGCGUUGAUCCUUACAAGGUUCUUGGAGUAUCUCGGGAUGCAAAGCAGCGUGAAAUCCAGAAAGCUUUCCACAAGCUAUCUUUGAUAUAUCACCCAGACAAAAAUAAAAAUAAGGGUGCUCAGGAGAAGUUUUCUGAGAUUAAUAAUGCUUAUGAGAUCUUAUCUGAUGAAGAGAAGAGGAAAAACUAUGAUCUUUAUGGAGAUGAGAAGGGUCAGCCUGGAUUUGACUCUGGUUUUGCCGGAGGUAAUGGUGGGUAUUCAUCAUACUCCUCAAGUGGUGGAAACGGUGGGGGUUUCAGUUUUGGAGGGCCAGGUGGAUGGCAAAAUAUGGGUGGUGGGGGAGGCUCCAAGUCGUUUUCUUUCUCGUUUGGCGGUCCUAGUGAAAGCUCCUUUGGUUUUGGGAUGGAUGAUAUCUUUAACAUGUUUUCGGGCAGUGGUUCUAAAGGAAGGGAUCCGUUUGGUGGCUUUGGUAGCUCAUCGAAGGCUGAAUCCAAAACAAAAAGCGGUACCACAGCAACUAUCAGAACAAUAAAUUCUCAGGUCUAUAAGAAGGAAAUUAUGGACCAAGGGAUGACCUGGCUUGUGCUGUCGUAUCUUCCAUCUCAAAGGGGAACCCAGUACCAUGAAUCCAGCAUAGAAGAAGUUGCUGAGUCAUUUCAAGGAGCUAUAAAGGUUGGGCGUAUAAAUUGUGAAACAGAAUCCUCUCUUUGCAAAGAACUUGGCAUAGUUCCUCGUAGGGCUCCAAGGUUGUUUGUUUAUUCCUACACGUCAAGCGGCAAAGCUACCUUAGCAGAAUAUACUGAAGAGCUUGUUGCAAAGAAGGUGAAGAGCUUUUGCCAAGAACAUCUGCCAAGAUUCUCAAAAAGGAUUGACCUGCAUACCUUCGAUGUCUCUGCUGUUAGCUCACAAAGGACUCCUACAGUUAUGCUUCUGUCAACUAAAAAAGACGCUCCUGUCAUAUGGCGUGUUCUUAGUGGCUUGUACAAUGGACGCUUUGUCUUCUACAACACAGAGGUCCAUGAUACUUCUGAUCCGAAGGUACGAAAGUUGGGAGUUGAUGCGCUUCCAGCAAUAGUUGGCUGGUUAUCGAAUGGGGAGAAGCAAGUCCUGAAAUCAGGCAUCACUGUGAAAAAUAUGAAAUCAGCUGUCCAGGAAAUUGGUAAGUUGCUAGAAGGAUUUGAGAAAAAGAAUAAGAAAGUCUCUUCUAAAAGUCAGUCCAGCCAAGCAGAGAGCGAGUCAAGGAUACCUCUUCUCUUGAGAUCAAAUUUUGACUCCAUUUGUGGGGAGAACACUCCUGUUUGUAUUAUCGGUGCCUUCAGAUCUUCACAUGGUAAAGAGAAGAUGCAGUCAAUAUUUUCCAAGGUAUCCCAGAAAUCGCUGUCUCGAAGACAAGUUUCAACCACUGGUUCUCAGGACACAGUAUCCUAUUCGCUUCUAGACGCAGCAAAACAAUUGUCGUUCUUGAGCUCACUUGACAAGUCAGAGUUCAAAACUUUUGAUAAACUCAUAAUAGCUUACAAGCCUCGACGAGGUAAGUUUGCUACAUUCAAAGGCGAUAUGACAAUGGAGGAAGUUGAGAAAUUCGUAGCAGCUGUUCUUAAUGGAGACAUUCAGUUCACAAAGACAAGACAGAAACCUCAGAUCAAAUGAUUUUUUUUCAUCAGACAUUUAGUUUCAGAGAUGUACAUCGUUUUGGAGGAGAGAAGGUUAUUUUUUUCACGUUUGCAGUGUUGCAAGCUACUUUUGAAGAUCUACCUGCACAGAAAAUCUUGUGUAUUGACAAGAGACGUGUAAUAGUUUUAUAGGACUAGUGUUAAAUUAAUAUUGUAUCGAGUUCUGCCUUCUA